UCUACUCACCCCACACGCGCUCUCACACACGCUCACACUGGGACCUUCAGGGCAAUUACAUUUGAAGCUCUCCUCAGCAAUGAGCUGCUGAAGUAAACUACUGCAUCUGACGAGGGGAAAAAGAAAAGAGAAAAAGAAAAGGAAAAUCUGACAAAGUGCCAGAAACCAGAGCUGGUGAAAGAAAGGGAGAAGCAGUUAAAAAGAGUGAGGCAGAAAUAGUGAGUGUCAGAGGUAGACUAAGAUACAAGGAGAGAGUGAGUUGACAGGAGCGGAGCAGAGCAGAGCAGAGGAGAAGGGUUUAACUGUACUUCCUCACACAUGGAUUGGACUCACAAACAGCCUGGUGCCAUGUUUUCCGACAUGUUAAUGACACUGUAACCAGAAAAGAAGAGGGAUACGGAAGCAGAGGAGAGGUGCAACACCGAUCAGGAAUUCUUGGUGUAGAAGGAAGAAGGAUCAUGGCGAUUUUUUUUGAGCUGAAGGAGGGACACUGUGACCUUUUCCUGUAGGUGUUUUCAGCCUGAUCACUAUGAGGGAGCAAAGCUUUUGCUUCAUACAGCGCAGGAAGUUCAGUCAAAGAGCACCCAGACUGCUGAAGAGCCUUACAAAGGCCUACUGGACUUGACAACAUCAGAUAGAGAAGCCAGUUGGCAGGAGGUAAAGUAGGCGAAAGGAAAGAAGAUACGCAUGGUGUGAAACAGAUGAUAGAUUAUAAAGCGAAAGAGAUGAUAAGGAAGGCGACUAGAUAGAUGAAAGGAGUGCUAGAGGCAGAAGGUAAGAAGUGAGUCAAAGGAGAAGUCAAGCUUGAGAGUGAAAGGAGGUAGGGAUGAAAUAACACACUCUUCUAUCAGAAAAGGGGGAGACAGGUAAGACAGAGAAAGAUACAGCUCCAGGAGAGUAGACAUCUAGACAGAGUCAGAGGACAGGUACUGAAAGUAUUCAGAGAUCAGGAGAAAUCAGCAGUAGUCACGAUGUUCAUGAAUUUCCGUCGCAUCCACAAGUGCCAGUGUGUGCAGCUGCUGACCACAGGCCUGGUGCUGUGUAUGGUGAUGGUCUGCUGGGAGGAGCUGGACCACCAUGUUGUCAGUCACAUGAGGUCCUACACAUACCGCUACUUGAUCAACAGUUACGACUUUCUCAAUUCUUCCUUCGCCAUCAACUCAAACUAUCAUACUAGAAGCAAUGGUGGGGAUGGUGGGUUGGUAAGCUAUCCAUAUCUCAUCAACCACCCAGGUAAAUGUAGAGGCGGUGCUGCAGAUGGGAAAAAGUGGGACGAUGUCCUCCUGCUUCUGUUUGUAAAAUCAUCUCCAGAGAACCUUGAGCGGCGCCAGGCGAUCAGGGACACAUGGGGUAAUGAGAGCUAUGUUUGGUCUGAACUAGGAGCAAGUGUGAGGGUGGUGUUCGCCCUCGGAGUACAUCAGGAUGUUGGGCAGAGAUCCAAGAUGCAGAGUGAACUGCUGAAGGAGGACCAGGCCUAUGGAGACCUGAUCCAGCAGGACUUUGUGGACACCUUCCACAACCUGACUACCAAACUGAUCCUGCAGUUCCACUGGUGCCACCAGUACUGCCCUAAGGCGCACUUCCUCAUGUCUGCAGAUGACGACAUCUUCGUCCACAUGCCCAACUUGGUAAAGUACCUGCAGCAGCUCCUGGGUAGCCAAUCAGGGGCUAAAGACCUGUGGGUGGGGCAUGUACACAGAGGAGCCCCUCCAAUUCGCCGUAAAGACAGUAAAUACCACGUUCCUUAUGAGCUGUACCCCUGGCCCUCUUACCCAGACUACACUGCUGGUGCAGGAUACGUGGUCUCGGGGGAUGUGGCUGCUAAGAUCUACCAAGCGACUCUGGCGCUGAACUCCUCCAUGUACAUCGAUGAUGUCUUCAUGGGGAUUUGUGCCAAAGCCAUGGGGGUCUCUCCCCAGGAGCAUUCGUACUUUUCAGGGGAGGGCAAGGCUCCGUACCACCACUGCAUCUAUGAUCACAUGAUCACAUCGCAUGGGCACGCCAUAGAUGUGCGCUCACUAUGGCAGGAAGCAACAGACCCUACAGUAUAUAGCCACUCCAGAGGAUUUAUGGGCAAUAUGUACUGCACAGCAGUGAGAGUGAUGCUUCUGUGUCUGCCAUAUUACCAGAACACUUACUCCUGUAUGGCUGCUUUUACAUAAAGAUGAAAUGAGGACUGCUGAAUGCUCAAUGUACCACAUAAACAAAUGACAGUACCUCACACUUGCCAUUUUUUCUCUUUCAUGUUAUAUUUCAAUGUUUGCUGCUUAUAAUAUGUGUUUGCUGUCUUGUAAUAAAGAUCAAAGCUGUUCAAUCAA